AUGGAGAAGAGCGAGCUGCGAGUGCGGUGGCUCGUGCUGUUCCUAUCCUGCUUACUCAUGAUCGGCAAUUACUACUGCUUCGACAACCCCGCGGCGCUCAAGAGCCAACUACAACAGCACUUCAACGAGAUCCCGAAAGACCGCUACGAGUUCCUCUUUAACUUACUCUACACGUUGUACUCGAUCCCCAACAUCUUGCUACCGUUCUUCGGUGGUGUCUUGGUGGACAGAUUCGGUGCACGCGUGAUGCUGUUUGCCUUCUCGACGGCAAUUUUAAUGGGACAAGUGAUCUUUGCAACGGGCUGUUCGCUCUCUAGUUUUAACGUGAUGCUGUUUGGCCGGGUGAUCUUUGGGUUUGGUGGGGAGAGCUUGGGAGUCGCUCAAGGGACUCUUGUUGCCUCAUGGUUCAAAAACAGUGAGCUAGCCCUGGCUUUAGGCAUCAAUCUCAGUGUGGCUCGGCUUGGAAGCGUCAUCAAUAAUGAACUUAGUCCAGCCGUUGCGCAAGCGUCAAGUGUGUCCACGGCGUUGUGGGUGGGUGUGAUCAUGUGUCUCGCAUCAACGUCCACGUUACUUCUAUUGACUCCAAUUGAUCGACGGGCUGCGAAACUGGAGAUAAAGAGUCAGAACGACCGAACGGCUAGUGCCGAAAGCAUUCGUUUCAGUGACGUCAAGCACUUCCGUCCAGCCUUCUGGUUUCUGGCAUUGAGCUGCUUGGUGGUGUACGGCUGCGUGAUUCCCUUUAACAACGUUGCUAGUAGCCUCUUGAUGGAACGCGACUUCUUCAAAGAACCGUCUGAGCCGUGCCGGCGAUGCGGUGAGGGACUAUACAUUUACGAAAUCGACUGCAAACACAUAGCUCCGGGAUGUCCUAGCGUUCCUCCGUACGGCUGGCCGCUACCCUUGCUAUCAGCAAAUUGUACAAUCAAGGAACCCUUCGAUCAGUGGAACUGCUCGACGUCGCCGCCGCUGAUUUUUGGCGACAAGAUUAACUGUGACGACGAGGCAUGGAAGCUUGGCCCAUUGACAAAGAUGUAUUGCGCCGCAAAAAUGGACGCGGCUCAGAAAGCUGCUACCCCAAUGUCGAUUCCAUACAUCAUCAGCGCUGUCAUAUCCCCGUUUCUGGGGUUCGUGGUUGAUCGGGUUGGUCUUCGCGCCUUGUUGGCGCUGAUAGCCCCUCUAGCACUGACAGCAGUCCACGCUAUGCUCGGAUUGACUCAAGUUACUCUGUACGUCCCGUUGGUGCUGCAGGGAGUGGCCUACAGCGUAUUCGCCGCGGCAUUAUGGCCCUCUGUUCCAUACGUGGUCGAAGCAAAGCACGUAGGAACGGCAUACGGAGCAAUUACCGCUAUCCAGAACGUUGGACUCGCAUUGUUUCCUCUGGCUGUCGCAGCGCAGUUCAAUCACGACGGCCAUUAUAUCCCAAGUGUGGAGCUGCUCUUUGUAUCGUUUGGAGUGCUGGGUAGUCUCGUGGGCAUCGCGCUCAACGUCGUGGACUAUCAGAACGGGUCCAUCCUGAAUCGCGCGAAAGUGACUAAAGAGUCGCUGCCACUGAUGUUGGACGAGGACGCGCUCGAUAGCGAAGGUCUGUUGACUGCCGAGCACUAG